AAGCUCGAGGGCUCCAGGUGCCGGGGGCAGCUCCUCAUCUUCGGAGCCACCAACUGGGACUUGAUCGGCCGCAAAGAAGUGCCUAAGCAGCAGGUUGCAUACCGUAAUCUGGGCCAGAACCUGUGGGGGCCGCACAGGUACGGGUGUCUCUCAGGAAUUCAGGUGCGCAGCGUGGUGUCGGGCCCCUGCGCCGCUCACAGCCUGCUCAUCACCGCCGAGGGCAAGCUCUGGAGCUGGGGUCGCAAUGAAAAAGGCCAGUUGGGACACGGCGACACGAAGCGGGUGGAAGCCCCGAAGCUCAUCGAGGUGCUGGGGGGCGAAGCCAUCGUGCUGGCAGCCUGCGGCCGCAACCACACCCUGGCGCUCACAGGUAUUGGUUCUCCCCGCCUCGCUUUGGGGCAAAUUGUCUGAAAUCGGCCCGUUUUGCCCCCAAAACCCACCCAGAUCAUGUACAACGGGCAGCCCAUCACCAAACUGGCGUGCGGGGCCGAGUUCAGCAUGAUCAUGGAUUGCAAAGGAAACCUCUACUCCUUUGGGUGCCCCGAGUACGGGCAGCUGGGGCAUAACUCGGACGGGAAGUUCAUCGCCCGGGCGCAGCGCAUCGAGUACGACUGCGAGCUGGUGCCGCGCCGCGUGGCCAUCUUCAUCGAGAAGACCAAAGAUGGGCAGAUCCUGCCCGUCCCCAACGUGGUGGUGCGGGACGUGGCGUGCGGGGCCAACCACACGCUCAUCCUGGACUCGCAGAAGCGCGUUUUCUCCUGGGGCUUUGGGGGCUACGGGCGGCUGGGCCACGCCGAGCAGAAGGACGAGAUGGUGCCUCGCUUGGUCAAGCUCUUCGACUUCCCCGGGCGCGGGGCGGCGCAGAUCUACGCCGGCUACACGUGCUCCUUCGCCGUCAGCGAGAUAG